AUGCACGUUGCCCCGUGUCAUUUGCGAGGCGAAAAUUGCAAAUAUCCGGCAUAUGGACUGCCUGAUCUUGCUUUCGUAGUCGUCCAGAUGCGAUUCGAAGAAGGCGAUGUACUGGUUCGCCAUGGGCUGGGAGAGCCUGCGGCACCACCUGAGGAACGAGUCCACCGCAGCCUCCUUGACGAUGUCGUAGUCGUCGGUGAGCAGCGCCACAUGCGCAUCCAUGAAGUGGGCGGACAUUUCCUCCUCGCCGAAGAUCUCGUGGAUCUUGUCGAACCGCUCGGCCAGCGCCUUGCGCACCCGCCACGAGCUGUCGGCGGCGGCCGCCUGCACCACCGGGUAGCUGAACGACGCAUUCUGCUCCGCAGUGCAGCGCUUUGCAAACGCCAGGCAGGCCCCAACGCAGUAUGCGCGCACCUCAUCCUGGUGGUCGAUGGACAUGUUUUUGAGCACGAGCCAGAACAUCGACACUGCGUGGUCCAUGUGCAUGAUCGCGAGCAUUGUUUCGAGGUUGCGCGCCACCUCCAGCCUCACUAUCAGCAUGUUGUUCUCCCACAGCUGCUUGUAGCACUGCCUGAGUUCCUCCUGCUGCUGUUCGGAGGCGUCCAAGUACACCAGCGGGAUUAG